AUGGAGAUUUCGCUGGGAGGUUUCUUUCUUCGGCUUCUAUGCCUCAUUCAAUGGGCAUCUGCGGCUACGGUAUUCUUCCCAGUUACGUUGACUUGGUCGAACAGAACUGUCGCAGGAGUAACUAGGCCAGUAAUCUCAACGAAUGGCCAGUUUCCUGGUCCACCUCUGCAGAUCAAUCAGGGUGACGAUGUUCGGUUUUUAGUCGACAACCGAUGCCCAUUCAAUACCACUAUCCAUUUCCAUGGCAUUGAACAACUGGGAACGCCUUGGUCUGAUGGAGUCCCAGGAGUCUCCCAAAGAUCUAUCAAACCAAACACUUCGUUUUUGUAUAGAUGGACAGCAACCGAGUACGGCGCCUACUGGUAUCAUGCGCAUCACCGUGGUUCCCUUGAAGAUGGACUAUUUGGACCUAUCUAUAUCACUCCGGCUCCUGCGGUGGAAAAACCUUUCAGCCUUAUCACAACCAAUCCCGCCCAGUUGAAUGCUAUGGUCAACGCAGAGCGUGGGACACGCCCUGUCUUGCUUUCGGAAUGGCGUGUGCUUAAAUCGGAGCAGAUCUGGGCUGCCGAGGUAGCCUCUGGUACAGACGCAUUCUGCGCCAACGCUUUGCUCAUCAAUGGGAAAGGGUCAAUCACUUGUCUGCCGCGCGCUGAGAUUGACGCAUUGACAACACCCGCCCAGAGGGGGAUGAUUGGUAAUGGGAGCUUAACGGAUUUGGGGUGUUUCCCACCAAACAUCACCGAUGGAGUAUUUGACUUUCCGAAAAACUACAGUGCUGUACUCCCAACCAUGUUCGAGGGCUGUGUGCCGUCUCAAGGGCCCCGUGAGAUCUUCACUGUCAACGCAAGCCAGCAGUACGUGAGCUGGGAUCUCAUCAGCACGGCCGGCUUGCUGCAACUCACCUUCUCAAUUGACGAGCACUUCAUGUGGGUUUAUGCCAUUGACGGACGGUAUAUCGAACCCAGAAAGGUCAAUGCAGUCAGUAUCCCGAACUCAAACCGCUACUCUGUGUUAGUCCCCCUGGAUCAACCAGGAGGCGAUUACACCAUACGCAUGGUCAGCGCCAGCGUCAACCAGAUCCUCAACACAACCGCAAUCAUGCGUUACCAGGGGCAGCCCGAGCUGAACAGACCCUCCAACCCCUGGGUCCAAGUCAACAACCAGCCUGCCACCACAGACACCGUCUUCCUCAACGAGUCACUAGUCGUCCCAUUCCCCGCAAUGGCCCCAUCCAACAACAUAGCCCAAACAUUCUUCCUCCACGUCAGCCAAGUCGGCACCGCCUACCGCUGGAGACUCGGCAACUCCAGCUACGGGCUCGCGCUCGAAGAAUCCCAGCCCUUGCUUUUCAACCAGUCCUCCAUCCCCAGCGACCUGAUCAUCAGAACAAACAACAAUACCUGGGUAGACCUGAUCAUCCAAGUCGAUACGAUUCUGCAGCCUGCGCACCCGAUUCACAAGCACUCAAACAAACAUUUCAUCAUUGGCCAAGGGAAUGGCACUUUUGAUUGGUCUUCGGUGGCGGAGGCGGUACAGGUGAUUCCUGGGAGCUUCAAUUUGCAGACACCGCAGUAUCGGGAUACUUAUAACACGCCGAUAUCGAUUACGGGGCCGACUUGGCUGGCCUUACGAUAUCAUGUUGUUAAUCCAGGUGCUUUCUUGAUGCAUUGCCAUAUCCAGGUUCAUCAGAGUGGAGGGAUGGUCUUGGCUAUGUUGGAUGGAGUUGAUGCUUGGCCGACCAUCCCGCCGACUUAUUUGAAUGAUUCCGGGUUUUGA